UUAUAUAUAUGAUGCUCUCUUAAACUUUCCAAAAAAAAUAAUUACACCGUUACUUUUAACCAUGAAUUCCAAUAUUCAUCUUAAAUUCCUUUUUAUCCUCAUUUCCUUGUUAAUAUUAGGCCUAGCCCAAGGUGAUCCUGAACCACUCCAAGAUUAUUGCGUUGCCGAUACAACGGGCCAACACUCUUUUUUUAUGAAUGGACAACCAUGCUUGGAUCCCGAACUAACAAGCCCAAACCACUUUGCAACCUCAGCCCUAUCAAGGCCCGGUAAUACGAGUGCAAACCAGUUUGGGUUUAGUGUCAUCCUCACUAGCAACCAAAAUCUUCCGGGUCGUCGGACCCAAGGCCUAACCUUGGCUCGGGUCGACAUUGCCCCUGAUGGGCUGGUCCCACCCCACUCUCACCCACGGGCCUCAGAGGUGGCCACUUGCCUCAAAGGGGACAUCUUAGUGGGCUUUGUUGAUACAUCCAAUAAGAUGUAUACCCAACGAUUAAGGCCCGGUGAGUCUUUUGUUUUCCCAAAGGGGAUGAUCCAUUUUCUUUACAACGUGGACCAGAGAAGCCCAGCUAUGGCUAUUUCUGGGCUUACUAGUGAAAAUCCAGGAACCCAAAUAGCUUCAAUUGCUACAUUUACUUCUCAGCCACCUAUGCCAAAUAAAGUGUUGGAAAAGGCUUUUCAGAUUGAUGGACAAGAAGUAACUCGAAUUAGAAAUCACCUUCAAGGUUAAUUACGUUGAUGUAAUUAAAUUCUAUAAUCAUCUCAUGUAAUUAUUGUAUUAUACAAUUAAUGUUUUAUCAAAAAGAAAAAUUAAUGAAGGGAUUGAUUCUACCU